GAAAGACUUUCUCUCUCUAGAAAAAUAAUGUUUUCUCUCUCUAUAAAACUGUCCCUUAAAAAAGGACUCCCUUCUUAAAGAUUUCAACUUCUCAUUACAGAGAGAAACCAGCACCACUGAAGGUGGCGGUGCAGGGCGGCGUAGUGGCUCUCCGGUGACCGGAGAGUGAAGUGGGGAAGUGGUAGAAAAAUAAUAAAGAAAUGGGUCAGGGACUGAGUUGUGCAGCGAGUAGAGAAAAUGGUGGGUUCUUUAGUGCAGUUCAGUGUGGUGAUUUAGAGAGUGUAAAGAUUAUGAUUGAGAGAGACCCUUCUCUUGUUCAUCAAACUACUGCUUAUGAUCGUCAAUCUCCACUUCAUAUUGCUGCUCUCAAUGGCCGGAUCGAGAUUAUGUCUGUGCUUUUGGAGCGAUCUGUGGAUCCUGAUGUUGUUAAUCGUCAUAAACAGACUCCACUUAUGUUGGCUGCAAUGCUUGGCAAAAUUGGAUGUUUGAAGAAGCUAAUUGAAGCUGGAGCAAAUAUUUUGAAGUUUGAUUCACUAAAUGAAAGAACUUGCUUACAUUAUGCUGCUUAUUAUGGUCAUUCUGAUUGUCUUCAAGCUGUUCUCUCUGCUGCUCAAUCUAGUCCUGUUGCUGCCUCAUGGGGAUAUGCACGGUUUGUUAAUAUUCGAGAUGGUAAAGGAGCUGCACCGUUGCAUUUAGCUGCUCGUCAAAGACGGCCUGAAUGUGUUCGCAUUUUGUUGGACAAUGGAGCUCUUGUCUGUGCUUCAACAGGCGGAUACGGCUGUGCAGGAAGUACUCCUCUUCAUUUGGCUGCUAGAGGCGGAUCCCUUGAUUGCAUCCGCGAAUUGCUAGCUUGGGGUGCAGAUCGUCUUCAACGAGAUUCAUCUGGGAGAAUACCCUAUUUGGUUGCUUUGAAGAACAAACAUGGAGCUUGUGCAGCCUUAUUAAAUCCCUCUUCCGCUGAGCCCCUCGUGUGGCCGUCACCUUUAAAGUUCAUCAGCGAACUAAAUCAGGAAGCUAAAGCUCUGCUCGAAAGUGCCUUAAUGGAUGCAAACAGGGAGAGGGAAAAGAAUAUCCUCAAGGGCACUGCUUAUUCAAUUCCAUCUCCAUCACAUUCUGAUGCUGAGGCCGAUGAUAAUAUAUCCGAGGCAAGUGAUACGGAGCUAUGCUGCAUUUGCUUUGAGCAAGUUUGCACAAUUGAAGUACAAGAUUGUGGUCACCAAAUGUGUGCACAAUGUACACUAGCCCUGUGCUGUCACAAUAAACCCAGUCCAACAACCGCAAGCCUCAACCCUCCGGUCUGCCCAUUCUGUCGAAGCACAAUCGUCCGUCUAGUUGUUGCUAAAGUUAAGAAUUCAGAUGACACUAAUGAUCAAGAUAUUGGUGAAAUAGGUUCACCAAAGAUACGAAAGGCAAGAAAGUCGCGAAAUUUCAGCAACGAGGGAAGCAGCAGCUUCAAGGGAUUAUCAACAAUAAGUUCCUUUGGAAAGAUAACCGGACGUAGCUCGGGAAGAAUCGCUGCAGACAAUGAGUGGAUCGAUAAGCCUUGAUUGUACAUUUUUAGCAUAUGGCAAUGAAAGAUUCCAAGUAACAAGCAAGGAUUCCUUUACUUGUGCUCUAAAAGAAGCAAGAAAGAUGGAAGGAAUUGUGUCGGUGCCGGACCCGUUGGUAUAUAUAUAUAAACAUAUAUAUAUUGCUAUAAAUAUAAGGUAGAGGUCCAUUUGGUAUGUAGAUUUGGGAAAUAAGCAAAACACUUGAAUUGCAGAUUUGGGUUGGUAAAGUUUGGUAAUGUCAAUAUGGUUGCUGCUUGUGGGUCAUAAUUGUUGUAAUCUUUUCAUUUCUUCAUUUGAGAGAUUGAAGUUAAGUAGCAUUGGUUAUUAUUUUGAGGAGUCUUGUUAGAUACCUUUAUUGGCUAAUCAAAGAAAAUUCUUUUCUUCUUCUGAGCUAAA